UCCUGUUGAUUUAUUAUUUAUGUAUAUCAGUGUGCACUCCUGAUUUUUUUCAAUGGAUUAUUUCUUAUUAUCAUUUAAAAUUUUUUUAUGGUUAAAUUAUCAGUGAGUCCCCCUUUUGAGUGGGUUCCUUCAUCCUUUUACCACAUUGCCCCCAUUGGAUCAUUCUUAAUGGUUACUUGCUGUAAGAUGCUGUCUUCCAAAUGAUGGAAACUAAGCCCUCAGUGAAGCAUGGGGUUGGCUUUCUCUGAAGAACCGCUUCCAUCUCUGCAUCCCUUAAAUUACAGCUUCAGCUGCCAGCUGCCUUUCUGUUCCCUCUGCAGCAUGACCAGCCUCAGGGGCAGUUUCUCCCAGAAGGGCAACUUGUCAGCAGGCUGCUGAGUGUGGUCUCUUCAUUUCACAGGUCUCCCAGGUGCACAAGCCUUGGGGGUGGAGUCAGAGGUUAUGUCAUCUUCCCAGGUGCCAGUACAAUCUAUUUCUUAGGAACUAUUCAAGAUCUGAACAUGACCACCAGGCCAGCUGAGCUGCAUUUCCUUCCCACCCAAGGAAGAGAAGCACCUCCAGCAGAUGGUGGACUGCCUCCCCUGCAUCUUGAUCCUCGGCCAGGACUGUAAGGUCAAGUGCCAGCUGCUGAACCUGCUGCUGGGGGCACAGGUACUUCCCACCACCAAGCUGGGCAGUGAGGAGAACUGUAAGCUUCGGCGCCUCCGCUUCACCCACGGGACUCAGACUCGGGUCAGCCUGGCACUCCCCGGCCAGUAUGAACUCAUGCACACGCUGGUUGCUCACCGGGGCAACUGGGAGACCAUCCCUGAGGAGGACCUGGAGGUCCAAGAGGACAGUGAGGAUGCCGCCCAUGUUUUAGCGGAACUGGAGGUGACGAUGCACCAUGCUCUCUUACAGGAAGUGGACAUUGUGGUAGCACCGUGCCAAGGCCUCCGGCCCACAGUGGAUGUUCUGGGUGACUUGGUGAAUGAUUUCUUGCCUGUGAUAACCUAUGCAGUCCACAAAGAUGAACUCUCUGAGAGGGAUGAGCAAGAGCUUCAGGAAAUCCGAAAGUAUUUCUCCUUUCCCAUAUUCUUUUUCAAAGUGCCGAAGCUGGGCUCGGAGAUAAUCGACUGCUCCACCAGAAGAAUGGAGAAUGAAAGAUCACCACUUCACCGCCAGCUAAUUGACCUGGGCUAUCUGAGCAGCAGUCACUGUAACUGUGGGGCCCCCGGCCAGGACACCAAAGCUCAGAGCAUGCUGGUGGAGCAAAGUGAGAAGCUGAGACACUUGAACACAUUUUCUCACCAGGUGCUGCAGACCCGCCUGGUGGACGCAGCCAAGGCCCUGAACCUGGUGCACUGCCACUGCCUCGACAUCUUUAUCAACCAGGCCUUUGACAUGCAGCGGGACCUGCAGAUUACUCCCAAGCGUCUGGAGUACACACGGAAAAAGGAGAACGAGUUGUACGAAUCACUGAUGAAUAUUGCCAACCGAAAGCAGGAGGAGAUGAAGGACAUGAUUGUUGAGACGCUGAACACCAUGAAGGAGGAGCUUCUGGAUGAUGCUGCCAACAUGGAGUUUAAAGAUGUAAUUGUUCCUGAGAAUGGAGAACCAGUGGGCACCCGAGAGAUCAAAUGCUGCAUCCGACAGAUCCAGGAACUCAUCAUCUCCCGGCUUAAUCAGGCAGUGGCCAACAAGCUGAUCAGCUCCGUGGAUUACCUGCGCGAGAGUUUCGUCGGAACCCUGGAGCGGUGUCUGCAGAGCCUGGAGAAGUCUCAGGAUGUCUCAGUUCACAUCACCAGUAAUUAUCUCAAACAGAUCUUAAAUGCUGCCUAUCAUGUUGAAGUCACAUUUCACUCAGGGUCCUCAGUUACAAGGAUGCUGUGGGAGCAAAUCAAACAGAUCAUCCAGCGCAUCACAUGGGUGAGCCCACCUGCCAUCACACUGGAGUGGAAGAGGAAGGUGGCCCAGGAGGCCAUUGAGAGCCUCAGUGCCUCCAAGUUGGCCAAGAGCAUUUGCAGCCAAUUCCGGACUCGGCUCAACAGUUCUCAUGAGGCUUUUGCAGCCUCCUUGCGGCAGCUGGAAGCUGGCCACUCAGGCCGUUUGGAGAAAACUGAAGAUCUAUGGCUGAAGGUUCGGAAAGAUCACGCUCCCCGCCUGGCCCGCCUUUCACUGGAAAGCCGUUCUUUACAGGACGUCUUACUGCAUCGUAAACCUAAACUGGGCCAGGAGCUGGGCCGGGGCCAGUAUGGCGUGGUGUACCUGUGUGACAGCUGGGGGGGACACUUCCCUUGUGCCCUGAAGUCGGUUGUCCCUCCAGAUGAGAAGCACUGGAAUGACCUGGCUUUGGAGUUUCACUACAUGAGGUCUCUGCCGAAGCAUGAGCGGCUGGUGGACCUGCACGGUUCCGUCAUCGACUACAACUACGGAGGCGGCUCCAGCAUCGCCGUGCUGCUCAUCAUGGAGCGGCUGCACAGCGACCUCUACACUGGGCUGAAGGCUGGGCUGACCCUGGAGACACGCUUGCAGAUAGCACUAGAUGUGGUGGAAGGAAUCCGCUUCCUGCACAGCCAGGGACUUGUCCAUCGUGAUAUCAAACUGAAAAAUGUGCUGUUGGACAAGCAGAACCGUGCCAAGAUCACUGACUUAGGAUUCUGCAAGCCAGAGGCCAUGAUGUCAGGCAGCAUUGUGGGGACACCAAUCCACAUGGCCCCUGAACUUUUCACAGGGAAGUACGAUAAUUCUGUGGAUGUCUACGCGUUCGGCAUUCUCUUCUGGUAUAUCUGCUCAGGUUCUGUCAGGCUCCCCGAGGCAUUUGAGCGGUGUGCCAGCAAAGACCAUCUCUGGAACAACGUGCGGAGAGGGGCCCGUCCAGAACGCCUUCCUGUGUUUGACGAGGAGUGCUGGCAGUUGAUGGAAGCCUGCUGGGAUGGUGACCCCUCUCAGAGACCCCUCCUGGGCAUUGUCCAGCCCAUGCUCCAGGGCAUCAUGGACCGGCUCUGCAAGUCCCAUUCUGAGAGGCCUAACAGAGGACUGGACGAUUCUACUUGAAAGCAAAGACCUGUCUCUUUCGCUCUCUAUUUCUUUCCUUCCCCUCACCUUUUGGCUAUGGGAAGAGUUUGACAUUUAUUCCGUACGGAGAGCUCCUGAGGGGAUUGAUGCUUGCUGGGCAACUUGAGACCCUCCCAGACAGAGAUGACUCCCGGAGAGUGAAGAUUUGGGUGGCCGUCUGAGCGUAUUCAGCAGUUCACUCCUGCCCCAAGCUACUCCUUUAGCCAAAAACUCAGUAUAAAUCUGUUCUGUAUAAAAUCUCAAGAAAGGUCUUACAUAGUUCCCUUUUCCAGACUGUCUUUUAACUCUAGCUGUAAUCAGGACUCAGUGCUCCCAUUGUGGAGACCACAUUCCUGACAUUCUUCGGAAGUCUUAGUUCUUACUCCCAUUUACACAGAGGAGGUCAGGUUUUUCUCCAGCCAGAGUCCCUUUCCAGUUUAUCCCCUGUAGCUUAGUCUGCUCUCAGACACCAGUUUUCUGGCAGAUUCCCCACAUUUUUUGUCUGAGCAGGGAGAGAGAGCAAGGGAGGGGCUAGUACUUAGUAAAGGAGAUGUCUAGUUGUGUUAUAGUUCAUUAAAAAACAAAGUAUUCUGAGAAAAGGUGCAAAAUAUUCCUGAAAGUCUCCGGGCCAGCCAAAGUCCAUGUGUCGGUAUUUGGAAGUGUUAUUUAAACACUCAGCGGGCUGAGUACAGGAAUACAUACGUAUAACAUAUGUACACUUUGCUUUUGUUUUGUAACAUUGUCUGCUAAUUUUGGGUUCUUUGUUCCUUGGCACCCGUUAUUUAAGUGAUGGGAUGCCAGAAAUGUACUGUAUUGUAUAUUACUCGGGAAGACACUAGAUAUUCGAAGUCUGGCAGCACUUGGGCUGUAGAGGGCUCAGCAAGACCAAAGUCCUGAAGAUUUUACCUCCUAGCUUUGGUUGUAUAUGCUCCCAAGUGGUGAGGUGAGAUUGUGGCUGGGGAAGGAAGGAUGGGAUGAAAGAAAUAGCCUUCCUGUGUUCUAUCCUUCUUAUCCACUUAGUUAGGGCAAUUUACCCCAGCCUGAAAAUGAUCACCUGGCCAUUUUUAAUGUGCUUGAAGUCUGGUCAUUUACAUUGCUUCAGAACCGAGUGAGGGACCUUCCUGCAGAGCAAUCAGAAAACAUGGCGGAGCCCGGGGCCCCAGAGUAGCUGACAUUGUGCCUGGGGAGCCAGUGGUGAGACAAGGACAGCUUGGGUGGGCUGAGGGAUGCUCGCUGGGGUGAGGUUUCCGCAGGCACACCCUGGUCCCCUGGAUCCUCGGCAGAGAGUGACUCAUUGAUUGAGCAAGUCUUUCACUUCUCUGAGAAGGAGGACUGUGCUGGUUCUUCCCAGACCAAAGAGAGUCACUUGUGACUCCAUCAGUUUCAAGGGGACAGAGCCUCGGCAGCAACUUCUCCUAAUUUUUAACACUAAAAUUCAAGGAAAGAGUGAAGGGAAGGAUCCAUUACUACCACGGAUAGAAACGAGGGACUGGAAGAACCCUCAGCUGGGACCUGUCAGCUCUCCAGUGCAUUGUUUUGCAUUUUUGCGCGAGCUGCCCAAGAGGGGUUGGCAAAGGUUUUUCCUGAUCGGAUGAGUGGUUUGGGGUGGCAGGGCUGCAAAGUGAUAACUGCACUGAACGACACUUUAUUUUGUGGCUUAUUCUUUAGCACUGAGAAGCCAUGGGGGGUUGGUGAUUAAAAUGGCACUUUGGUGACUCCCUCUCGCCUUGCUUUGGAGAGAAGGCCUGUGUGGUAUUCCAUCUGACUAAUCAGGGAACCUCCGAAGUCCACGAUGCAGCAGAGAGGGAUGAAUGGCCCUCGAAGAGUCCACUGCCAAAAAGAGUAGUUGCUUUCUUUGAGUUUUCAAAGCUUGAUUUUUGGAUUUGCUGGAUCAAAUAACCCACUUUUUCUUUAAAAGAAAAAAAGAGGGUUUAUCCUUCUAAAUAUGGGAGUGGCGUGGGUUAGGGCUAGUAUGCUGUUAAAGUGGGUUAGGAGGAAGUAACCUAGAGAAAACUGUAUUGCAGAUUCCCUUGGGGGUUUUUAAGUAGCACUACUGUUCUUAAAAGGGUUUUAGUUUUAACUUCAUCUGCUUUGUUAACAUCCAGUCCAUUUGAACUGAUGGCAGAGACCCUGUGUAAACACCUGAUAGUCGGGGGGCACCUUUCUCAGAGGGCUGAAAAGGAAAUUGGUCUGGACAGCUUGUUGUCUUUUGUCUUUAUGUAACAUUUUUGUUUGUUUUAAAGGACUAAUGUUUAUUAUUACAGUGUUAAAUAAAAGUGUAACAUACUAAGUGUGUAGAAUAAAAGUGCAAUAACAAGAGAAAAUUGCUUUGGCACAAACGUCAGUUCUUACCCUUCCUUCCUGCGCUGUCUCUUUCCGUGAUAUUGUUACAGCAGGACAGUGUUAUUUGUGUGUAUUUUUAAGACACGCAACUGUGGGUUAAGCCUUCAUUUAGUGUAAUUUUGAGUGGCUGGGUUUGGUUUUAUAGAGUAUUGUGUACACUUGCUGGGAUGCACAAAUGCCAGAUGUGCUGUAUAAUAAAGACCACAUUAACGUUUUAGGUUUA